UCCCGGAGGAGCGAGGAGCGAGGAGCGAUCCCCGUGUACCUCGCGCGUCGCGCGUUUUCGUCCGCUGGCCGGACCGCGCCCUCUUCCCCCGAGGUAGCGGGCACCGCGCGUUCGAAGUUCCCGUUGCACGACGCCGUUCCGGGACGACGAGCGACCGCGCGAUGCGGCGGCGGUGUCGGGCUCGCCGCACCAGGAGGACACCGACACGUACGGAGCGCGGCGUCAGGAGUGUCAGGACGACGAGAGGAUGCCCGGCGGCGCCGAGACGCCGCGUCCGCAGGAGACGCCCGCGCCGGCCGAGGCCGAGGUCCUGCUGCUGCGACGAUGGAGCGAGAUGCCGCGGCACCUCCAAUUCAAUCCGCACAUCCUCACCGGCUACAGGCCGCUCAUGACCAUCCGCCAGUGCCUCGGUAGCCUUUUCUACAUCCACAACGAGACCGUCAACAUCCUGACGCACGGAUUCGCUAUUCUGUACAUGUUGGUGACUGUACCACAUCUACUCCCAUGGAACACAAAAGGGACACUCGUGGGAAUUCUGUCCUGGUGCCACUUGAUCGGCGCGGUUAGCCCGUGGGUCGGAUCCUUCCUGUACCACCUCUUCAUGAACGUAAACUACGACGAAGUUCUCUACAGAACACUGCUGAAAGUCGACAUGAUCGGCAUAUGGCUGUGCCAGAGUUUCGGAGCUAUACCAAUGAUGGCAGCCGCUGUUCAUUGCCUGGCCGAUAACGUCUGGUAUUGCUGCAUUUUUAUUUAUUGCUCCCUUAGUAUGUGGGGACUUUUAAAGGCAAUGACUGCGAGAUCACCAUGGGAGAGGCGUUUAUGUUUUGCCCCUCCUUUCCUAAUGAGAAUGCUGGUCAUGACUCUGAGGUGUUUCGGCAUUGGUGGCGGAUCACCCGAGGCUCUUAUUCAUAUAAUAUUACAGGAAUUAUUUCCAGGAUCUCAUAGCUGUGAUAGGUGCAACCAUUGGCGCUCUUCGCAUUCCAGAGAAGUGGAUCCCCGGCAAGUUGGAUCUAGUGCUGAAUUCCCAUAAUGUGAUGCAUGUAAUGGUCGUCCUAGCGGUAUGUUCCAUGCAUACCGCAACCUUGAAGGACCUCGCCUGGAUGUCCGAUCCGUCUACGUGC